UUUAUCAGUAAUGUUAUGGACUCCAGAAAUUUGGGAAUAGGAAUAAUAAUCUUGUUACAAUGUACCAUUGGAAUUCUAGGAAACUUUUCACUUUUUGCCUACUACCUGGUUAUUUAUUACAAGAAACACAAAGUCAAGCCCACAGAAUUGAUUCUCAUGCAUCUGACCAUAGUUAACUUCCUGAUCAUUCUCUCUAAAGGAGCGUGUAACACAAUGGCAGCUUUUGUGUUAAAACUCUUCUACAAUGAUUGGAGCUACCAACUUUUUAUGUAUUUUCUGAGAGUUUUCAGGAGCAUGUCCAUUAUCACCAUUUGCCUCUUGUGUGCCUUCCAUACCAUCACCAUCCUUCCCAGAAACUCCUGUUGGAAGAAACUUAAAGCCAAAUCUCCAAAAGACAUUGGUCUGUGUAUUUCUUUCUGCUGGGUCUUUUACAUUAUAAUAAAUGUUAUUUUCCCCUUGUACAUGUCCAUAAAAUUAAGUAGGAAAAACUUAACAGAAGAGACAGAAUUCAAACUCUACAGUGUUGUAGGAUAUGACAAAACCACAGUUUCCUUAUACAUAGCUUUUUUUGUGUUUCCUGAAGUUCUGUUUUCUGUUCUCAUCACCUGGACCAGCAGCUCAAUGAUUGUGAUUCUGUACAGGCACAAACAGCGAGUUCAGUACAUCCGCAGCACUCAGGCUUGUCACAAUAGCUCCCCUGAGUCCAGAGCCACCCAGAGCAUCCUGGUCCUAGUUUUCACCUUUCUGGGUUUUUAUACCCUCUCUGCUAUCUCACAUGGUUGCAAUGCUCUGCUGCAUGGUCACAAUUCAUGGCUUAUGGAUAUCACAAUCAUUUUAACUUUGUGUUUUCCCACCUUGAGUCCUUUUGUACAUAUGAGUCAAUUGUUCUCUCUCUCCAGACUCUUCUUUCUGUGGAAAAAGGAUACAAAUUCUUCUUAA